UGGAUCUAGACUGCUGAUGAAGAAACUAAGUUUGUCAAAGAAAAGAAACUGGUACAAACGUUUUCUACGGGCCUUGACUGAUAGCAAUCAGAAGACGGUGGCAGAGCAACUUGACACCAAAAGCUUCAACUUUGUGCCUGAAGCAGCCACUAGUAGCAUUGAUAGCAAUGCUGGAGAGGCUGACUCAACUGAAGUGAAGUACUUUGAAGAAGAUGGGGAACGGGAAUUCACUUGUCGUUUUAAGGACAUUGGUCAUGGAAGGUCAAAUUUGGCUGCACCCAGUACAUUCUCCAAAGAUGUCAUGCAUGGGAGUUUAAUGACAAGCUUCGACCUCAAGGCAGGAAUUAAAGCACCUGUGGAUCAAGGAGAAACCGUGUGUGAUGGGCCAAGCAACAGAUUUAAAGAUUUGGCACAGUUAGAGGAGGAUGGUUUUAAACAGCGAAAACCAAUUAAGCUAAGGGGAUACCAAGAAGAGCUGGCAGAGGCUGGACUGGAAGGGAAAAACUGCAUGAUAGUUGCUCCUACCGGAAGUGGGAAGACACAUGUGGCCCUGAAAAUCAUAGAGGAACAUUUGUCAGCCUCUCAUGAAAAUCGUAAGGUCGCUAUUCUGGUCAAAGACGUGGUGUUGGCUGAACAGCACACUGAGAGUUGCAAGGCUCACCUGCCGCGUGAGUUGAGAACUAAACUGAUAACGGGCGGGAACGACGAGCAGAUCAGUCUGAGCAGAUUACUACAAGAUUUCGACGUGUUCGUCAUGACCGUUCAGAUUCUCGCCGAUGCUUUGGCGUUUGAUGAAUUUUACAUCUUGUCCGAGUUUACGAUGAUAGUGUUUGAUGAAUGCCACCACACGCUGAGGAAACACCCCUACAAUGUAGUCAUGUCAUCGUACUUGGAUGAAAAAUUAAGAGAGGGUGGACCAAGACGACCUCUCCCGCAGAUAAUCGGACUAACAGCUUCCACUGGAGUAGGAAAGGCGAAAGACAUUCUUCAGGCUAAAGAACACAUCAAAAAACUUUGUGCCAAUCUGGAUGUAGAGAAAAUAUGUACGGUGAAAAGGGGGCUAAGAGAAUUAUCGAAAGUUGUUAAUAUCCCAGAUGUGGAGAUUCAUUUGGUUGGUGGACGCCUAGAAGAUCAUUUUGCCGCGUUUGUCCAAAAAUGGAUGAUUGACAUUGAGUCGAAGAUUAAGAAUCAUUGUCGUUACUGGACUAAGAUCGAGGACCCUCCACCAGGGAGGAGAGACUGUCUUGAAUAUAAACAGUGGAUUAGUAGAAUUAUUGAGACAGUAGUACGAAGGCCUGAUUCACAGCUCUAUUGUAUGUCAUGCAUACGGUUUGCAGAGAUUUGCAACGAUGCCCUUAUCAUUAAUCAAAAUGUCCGCACACGGGAUGCGUUGAACUACAUGUCCAACCAGAUACACGAAAUGGAUGUUUCCAGAUUCACUGAUAUCGAAAAAGAACUGUUUGCGAUUUUUCAAGAGAACCUUGACUAUCUGAAUGAAGUUUGCGGAAGACCAGCCAGUGCAAAUCCGAAGUUAGAAAAAAUGAAAAAGUUGAUUCUCUGGGUUUUUAAUGAAGAUCCUGACUCUCGUGUCAUAAUCUUUGCAAAGUUUCGAAAACUUGCUCAAGCCUUAGUGGGUUGGAUGACGGAAACGGACAGCCUAAGUAGUUUGAACGCUCAGAAAUUGGUUGGCCAAGGUGCUGAAGAAGAUGGAGGAAUGAGCCAGGCAAAGCAAGGAGAUGUACGGAAGGGUUUCAGAGAAGGAUCCCAUAAGGUGAUAGUGGCUACAUCUGUAGCAGAGGAAGGGUUGGACAUUCAGAAGUGCAAUAUGGUGAUUCUGUAUGACUACGACACGAAUGAGAUCUCCAAGGUUCAAACCAGGGGUCGAGCUCGGGCUGAAGACAGCAGAUACGUGUUAUUGGUGUCUGAGGGUAAAGGAGUUGCUGAAAAAGACGAGCUGAAUACUAUGCGAGAAGUACUUAUGGAGAAUGCUGUAUGGGAUCUACAAGAAGAAAUUGAAGAAAACCCACGAGGCUUUGUUGAUGUCACAAGGGGCAUUCAAAUCAAUUGUAAAAAAGAGCGAGAUCUUAAACGCUUGAUGGAACAGAAUCGACAAUUUAUAAAAGGGACUUUCCAGCUAAGAUGUAAAAAAUGCAACACUUUGGCCUGUUAUAACUACGACAUACGCCAGUUUGAAUCAACGCAUCGAGCAGUUAUUUCAGAAGAUUUCUGUGACCGUGCAGACAUAUCGCUUCACCCAAAACCCACGAAGUUCACAAUUGCUAAAAAGGGAAAAGUUUGGUGUGCAAAGUGUGGUUAUGAUUGGGGAAUAGUUGCUUGCUAUCGGUCGAAAAAUUUAUUUGUGAUAAAGAUUGUUGCCUUUGUUGUUGUGGACUACGAAGGUAGAAGGAGUACGUUCAAGAAAUGGACAGCUGUCCGUUUUGAAAUAGACAAUUUCCAGCAAGGAGAUAGAGACUCUUGCGAUAGAGUUAGUGAGCGGAUUGCCACUCGGCUGGCAGACUGUGAAUUGAAAGGCGAAUGAAAUAAAUCCCGUCUGUAAACUCUUGGAGAUGGAAUACCUAAACAUUUUCUGAUUUUUUCUAAAGAUCAAGAACCAUUUAAAAACAAAAAGACUACAUAUGGUAAAGGCAUGUCUCAGUUGGAAUAACUGAAUGAUCUGUUACUUAAAAAAGGUAUUGAAAAUUUUCUGAAAAUUUAAAAACCACAUGUUCAUAUUAGUUAUAAUAUGGGUUUGAAACCUCAUACACCUCUUUCCAAGGUGUCACCAUGGUUAGCUUGCAUGAUCACUUAUACUGUCGUUCUAGGCUUCACUUCACUUGUGUUCAUACCGUUGUUACAGUCCCCCCCUCCCC